AUUGGCCUGGAGCCAGCCAACGGGGGAGCGGUCCGGGAGGCUGACCCGGCUGCUGCCAGGGUUGGGUGCGCCGCUGAACGGAUGGCUGAGGGAGCCCCGCGGAUCGUUUAGGAAAGCCGGCCAGCUGAUCGUCGUGUGUUGCCACCCAUUCAUGUCAAGAUGACUAAAUUUGGAUUUUUGCGAUUGUCCUAUGAGAAGCAGGACACACUUCUGAAGCUUCUCAUUCUGUCAAUGGCUGCUGUAUUAUCCUUCUCCACUCGUCUCUUUGCUGUCCUGAGAUUUGAAAGUGUUAUCCAUGAGUUUGAUCCGUACUUUAAUUAUCGGACUACCAGGUUCCUGGCUGAAGAGGGGUUUUAUAAAUUCCAUAACUGGUUUGAUGACCGAGCCUGGUACCCUUUGGGACGAAUCAUUGGAGGAACAAUUUACCCAGGUUUAAUGAUCACCUCUGCUGCAAUCUACCAUGUACUCCAUUUUUUCCACAUCACCAUCGACAUUCGGAAUGUCUGUGUGUUCCUGGCCCCUCUCUUCUCCUCCUUCACUACCAUCGUCACGUACCACCUUACCAAAGAGCUCAAGGAUGCAGGGGCUGGGCUUCUUGCUGCUGCCAUGAUUGCUGUAGUUCCUGGAUAUAUCUCCCGAUCUGUGGCUGGCUCCUAUGAUAAUGAAGGGAUUGCCAUCUUUUGCAUGCUACUCACCUACUACAUGUGGAUCAAGGCAGUAAAGACUGGUUCCAUCUGUUGGGCAGCUAAGUGUGCCCUUGCUUAUUUCUACAUGGUCUCGUCAUGGGGAGGUUAUGUGUUCCUGAUCAACUUGAUUCCUCUCCACGUCCUGGUGCUGAUGCUCACAGGCCGUUUCUCCCACCGGAUCUACGUGGCCUACUGUACUGUUUACUGCCUGGGCACUAUACUUUCUAUGCAGAUCUCCUUUGUGGGUUUCCAGCCUGUCCUUUCAUCAGAGCACAUGGCAGCCUUUGGGGUCUUUGGUCUCUGCCAGAUCCAUGCCUUUGUGGAUUACCUGCGCAGCAAGUUGAAUCCACAACAAUUUGAAGUUCUUUUCCGGAGCGUCAUCUCUCUGGUAGGCUUUGUCCUUCUCACCGUGGGAGCUCUCCUCAUGCUGACAGGAAAAAUAUCUCCCUGGACGGGGCGUUUCUACUCACUGCUGGAUCCUUCUUAUGCUAAGAACAACAUCCCCAUCAUUGCUUCUGUGUCUGAGCAUCAGCCCACAACCUGGUCCUCAUACUAUUUUGACCUGCAGCUCCUCGUCUUCAUGUUUCCAGUUGGCCUCUAUUACUGCUUUAGCAACCUGUCUGAUGCCCGGAUUUUUAUCAUCAUGUAUGGUGUGACCAGCAUGUACUUUUCAGCUGUAAUGGUGCGUCUAAUGCUAGUGUUGGCACCUGUUAUGUGCAUUCUCUCUGGCAUUGGAGUCUCCCAGGUGCUGUCCACAUACAUGAAGAAUUUGGACAUAAGUCGUCCAGACAAGAAGAGCAAGAAGCAACAGGAUUCUACCUACCCUAUUAAGAAUGAAGUGGCAAGUGGGAUGAUACUGGUCAUGGCUUUCUUUCUCAUCACCUACACCUUUCAUUCAACCUGGGUGACCAGCGAGGCCUACUCUUCUCCGUCCAUUGUACUAUCUGCCCGUGGUGGGGAUGGCAGUAGGAUCAUAUUUGAUGACUUCCGAGAAGCAUAUUAUUGGCUUCGUCACAAUACUCCAGAGGAUGCGAAGGUCAUGUCCUGGUGGGAUUAUGGCUAUCAGAUUACAGCUAUGGCAAAUCGAACAAUUUUAGUGGACAAUAACACAUGGAAUAAUACCCAUAUUUCUCGAGUAGGGCAGGCAAUGGCGUCCACAGAGGAAAAAGCCUAUGAGAUCAUGAGGGAGCUUGAUGUCAGCUAUGUGCUGGUCAUUUUUGGAGGCCUCACUGGGUAUUCCUCUGAUGAUAUCAACAAGUUUCUUUGGAUGGUCCGGAUUGGAGGGAGCACAGAUACAGGCAAACAUAUCAAGGAGAAUGACUAUUAUACUCCAACUGGGGAGUUCCGUGUGGACCGUGAAGGUUCUCCAGUGCUGCUCAACUGCCUCAUGUACAAGAUGUGUUACUAUCGCUUUGGACAGGUUUACACAGAAGCCAAGCGUCCUCCAGGCUUUGACCGUGUCCGAAAUGCCGAGAUUGGGAAUAAAGACUUUGAGCUUGAUGUCCUGGAGGAAGCAUAUACCACAGAACAUUGGCUGGUCAGGAUAUACAAGGUAAAGGACCUGGAUAAUCGAGGCUUGUCAAGGACAUAAAUGUCACGUCCAGCUCUGAUAUGCUUCGCACUGAGCACAUCACAUUUAGGACGUUGAAGACUUUUUUUUUUUUUUUUUUUUUUUAUGCAGUUUGUAAGAACAAAACUGGAUGGCAUCAGAAUUGUCUGGAAGUUUUGUCCUGGGCAGUAUGGGCUGGGCCAAAUGAAAUGAUUUUUAUAAUUCUAAACAGGUUACCAAAUGAAAUGUCAUGGCUUUACUUUGGUCGAUUAAAGGGGGGAAUUUUUUAAAAAAAUGUGCCUUAUUUGUUUUGACUUAUAACUGAUUUGAGGAAGGCAAAAGCUAUGUUAGGCUGCCAGAAGGACAUAAGCAGACCUUGUCAAUUCUCUUAGCUCCCUAAAUUAGCCAAAUAGAGACUUCUUUCUCAAAUCAGGAAAACUAUCAAAGACCAAUUCAGAUCCUACAUUUACAGACAGUUUUGUCAUACUCUUUGCAUUGCAGCACCUAGUACAAUUCCUUGCAAAUAGCGUGGCUCAAUAAAUUUUUAUUGAAUGAAUAAAUGUGGGACUAGAAGAGUGCCUUUCUGGGCUGCUA